UUUUCAUUCUCGGCUACAAGCUAGCUUAGCUUAGCUCGCUCCAUAUACUCGUUUCAGAAGCUUUCUCCUGUUUAUAAACGUUUGCAUUCUGCUUGCCACCAAGUAUAUAGGGGUCAAUAUAUAUUUUUAAUCUGUAAACUGUGUGCUUGUGUAGUCAUCGCGUUGUCCUGCAUUUGUGUACACCAAGUGGGUGCUAGCUUUCUGGCUGACAUUCACUUUUGUUUAUCUGACAAAAAAAUAUUCACAAUGGAACCUGCCUGCCGUAAGGACAAGCCGAAGCUAAACAGUACCCCAACCAGAGGAGACCGAUCAAAACAGAAAUCUGCACAGCAGGAACUUAAACAGCGACAACGUGCAGAGAUCUACGCUUUGAACAAGGUGAUGACUGAGCUGGAACAUCAGCAGUUUGAAAAGUUUUGCAAACAGAUGCAGCCACAAGGGGAAUGAAAUUGACGUCUUUGCUGCCUCGAUCACGGUUUUUCCUGGCUCAAACUGAGGGAGAGGCGGUACUAUUUAAUCACUCACACAUAUGCAUAUGCCGCUCUCACCACUGCAGCGAACAAUAUUUAGUUUAGCUAAAUCAUAUGUUGGAAUACAUCUCUGUUUUAGGGGCAGUAGGUAGUUUUUAUAUAAUAUAUAUAAUAUUUAUUGGUGUUUGAGAUUGAAAGGAUAUGAAAUACUUAAUGAUGGGGUGCUGUGGAUCAGUGGUAGUGUAGUUGUUCCCCAACCCAGAGGUUUUGGAUUCAAUUCCCCACCCUGGUGACCUCGCCUAAGUAUCCUUGAGCAAGAUACUGAACCCCGCGUUGCUCCUGAUGCUGCAUCAUCAGUUGGUUUAAUGAGCGUAUAGUGUAAAAGCACUUUGAGUGCCUUGAUGGUGGAAGGUCGCUAUACAAGUGUGAGUUCAUUUACCACGAACACUGCAACAAGACAAGGGCCAAGUUUACAUUGAGCCAAUAACCCACUCAUAAUAACUUGGCUACAGAGCCUUCUAAAUAUGUUUAGAAAAAAACCUGAUAUAUUCCUUUUUUAAAAAUCUUACUAUUACUCCUGAGUUAAACCUUUAAAAACUUCUGGCUAUGUACAUGACAAUCUGGAUAUCACCCUUUUAGAAAGAUAACGGUUGUGUUCCUCGCAUGUUUUGUCAACAAGGAAUUUUGGUCUUUUUAGUGCAGGUAGCAUAAUAACUGGCAAAUGAUUUUUGGAGUGUAGAGGAUACUCCUAACUUCAUUAGUGUGGCGAAAUUCUUGAACGUUGUCUUUUAUUGGCGGUAGAAAAUAUCAGGAGUAUGAGUUUUUAAAUAAAAAUGGUGCGCAAAACAUGAUGACAAGCAGAGUUUGGCAAUGUGUGGAAAUUACGUUCUCUGUGUGUGAUUGUCUACAUGCGUCACAAUUUGGGCAACAACAUCCUGAAGGGUUUACACCCUGUAUGCAAAUUUAACUGGUUUAUUCUAAAUGUCUGGAAGAAAAAGAAACCGGAUAUUGACCUUAACCCGAAUAUUGACUGCAUAUAAAUGUAGCCAAUGUGUCGACUUCCAACAGAGUGGCAUGCACGACAUCACAGGAAAACAUUUGUACAGCAGUCAAAAAUAGCACACAACCUCUGCAAGGCUGGUCAAAUAACAGUUUUCAUAAUGUCAGAGGUUUUACAGACUUAGGUGGAGGUGGCUCCUUUCAAUUUUUUAUAUCAAGUAAAAACCCUGAAGUGGAAUCCACCCCAAAAAGAAUUAUAUUGGGUUAUUUUUUCUAUUAUUGAGUCAUGUAAUGUUGAAUAUGUCAUGAAGUGUUUUUAUUCUAAGUGUUACAAUGCACUAUUAGCAUGGUGAGAACAUAUUUGAGAACAGUUAGUAGUCAAAUAUUUCACACACAACAAUGAAUUGUUUACAGUGAGCCUGAAUGCUAUUUCAAUCCUAUGUCUUUUCAUAGUGGUAUGUAAAUGAUACCUCUCCUCUGAACAGGAAACAUUUAGACAGUUACCAUUGUAGCAUGAACUGUAUUGUGACCAUUUUUACCUCUUCAAGCAGUCAAUAUAGGAUAUUGAAUUCAUGCCCUGUUUUUUCUGGGAGUAGUACUGAAUGUGUCCUACACCGGAUGCCUAAUGUUUCUCAGUAUGCUUCAAGGAUAGCUUUAAUUAGGAUUAUUUUUUUUUAAUUUUUUUUUUUUUUUUUUAAUAGCAACUGUAAAUUGAACCUUGAACCGUUCUUGCCUUUGUGUACCCAUUUGUUUGGUUACUGUAACUUUUUGUCUCAAACCAUCUCCUAAAAUAUUGUAGUAGUUGAAAAUGACUUUAAAUCAGUCAUGGAAACUGGUGAUGAGGCAAACUCUGUGUUGUGAAUGACACUUAAUUCAAUGCAAACUAUCCUAUGCCUGACUUAAUUUUAUAUCAACUAUUUUGUUUUAAACAUUUUUAAGAUUGUAUUUUGUUAAAUAAAGAUUCCCACCGCGAGUUUCUUUUCUGCAGUUU